ACUCAGGUUGGAAUUCGAUAGAGAACAUACAUAGUGUUUCGGUGGCGUUAAUAAUGUAACGCUUUUCCGGUUUACACCGGAUGUUACGAUAGGCAGAGGCGCCUGAUAAAAACAAUAUAAUAGAAAUGUCUCGCUCUGAACCGGUGGUACUCCUUUUGGAACAAAUAGCUGCCAACAUUUAUUGAGUUUGUUAUUAUAUGGAGUGAAUUCCUGACGUGAGGUGAGCGUUUGCUUAGUGUACUUGGUGUGCCUUACCAUGAUGGACCAAAAGAGAGCCUUAACUAUUCCAUUUAGUGUCAACAAGGACAACGAGGUCAACCUGGUUUCCUGGCCUACGUUGAAAGGUUCCAAAUUCAGAAAUCUUGAUUCCCCACAUAUAAAUGGAUCCACACUCUUUGAGCAGGCAGCUAUGAUCGCCUUGGAAAUGAACAGGAGGAAAGCACGUUUAGUCCUCACAGAUGUCCUCAAAACAGAUGCAGGAAUUACCUACUUGGAAAGGAUGAAACGGAGCUACAAGUCAGGCGUGAGGGAACAAAUGUCAACGCAAAGAGAUGGUGGUUGCAGCAAAGAGAAGGCUUCUUUAACCAGGUCUGGUCAGGAUGAGCUGAAGUGGGAGCACAGAAGUCCGACACCUAAACACAGCCAGAAGUCCACAGCCUCAACUCAUACAAAAUCCAAGUUCAGGAGAAAGCUAGACCUUGGCGACAAGGAGGAGAAGGAGGAAAUCCCAACCAACGGAGAAGAAUGCAGAUUUGCUGAAGUUGUAGACUGUGGGUUGUCGGUGAGAUGGCAGCCUGACGAAAACAUAGAAAGUUAUAAUGAUUUUUCUCCGACCAACGUUAAGGACAAGUGGACUGAUCCUGAAAACAUAGUCAAACCCAGUUUGCACAAAAGAAAAAGAACUGAGACAAAGUCAUAUCCCAUUGGUUUUGACAUCCCUAAGAGACAUCGCACCAGUGUCCUUCGCUUCACUGGAGAAGACGGAUCAGAUGGAGGACCUGUACCUGUUUCCCCAGAGGAAGCCUUAGGAAACAGAUACUUGGACAUGCUGGACUCUAGCAUUAUGAAAUUCACCGUGGGUGGAGAUGACACCGCACAAGUUCUGGUUCCUGUCAUCGAUUCUAACUUGGAGUUUGGGAAUUUAAACGGAUCCCUGAACAAAUGUCUGUCGACAGCUCAGGAAAGGGAAAUCAGAAUGAGUGGCUGUACUGAACCAAUCGUGCUCUCCAGUGACGACGAAGAGAGCAGCCCUAGUCCUGAAUCUGUCAGUACACUCGCUCGUCCACUAGUGGCUGGGGAGGAUGAGUUACUGCAGGGACAGAUGUCACAUGAGGCUGUGACGGAGCCAAGUGAUUCAGCCCUACAGGAUGUGGAGGUGGUGCUUGUUUUUGUAGAAGAUCCUUCAGAUUCAGAAGCACGUGUGUCCAUCGACAGUGUUGACAACUCCUGCAUGGACAUAGCCUUCUCCACCCUGCACUGUGGAGGUUACAGGGGAAAGGCUAAUGGCGACAUGAUGAUGAGGGAGCAUCAUAUCAUCAUCCCACUAAGAGACACGAGCGACCAGGUCGACGUGGUAUUAACCUUUGAACGAGAAGCUCUGAGGAAGUACAGCAUCUGGGAUGAGCAGGACAUGGAGAUGCAGGGCAUCUUCUUUCAAGGCGAUGAGGAGCUGUCUCCCCCUUCUGUCCUGUUGCUGUGUGUGUCAGACAAUGCUGCUUGUGCAUUGCAGCACGACCUCUGCAAACUGUCUAUCAAAAAAGAUGCAAAUAAUACCACUGGCCAGGCCAGUCCCAUCAUCCUGCUCACUCUGAAAAAACCGCAGGAGGGACUAGAGGGGGCUUUUCUGCGCUCCUUCCUGGAUAUUGACUGUCUAAAGGGUCUGACACAUGAACCUUCUUUGUUAACCAAUAAUUCAGAUAGGUUUAGUUUUUUAGAGGACGUCCACGCACCCUUUCUGUCUCUGGAAGAUAGCAUUAAACUGAUCAGAAGAAUUGGACGGGACUUGCACCUCCUGUCUCUGCUGGGCCUGGAGGACGUAGAUGAUUCACCCUCUCCGAAAGAUGAAAACAAUAGAGACAAUUCACGUUUGGACAAACAUGAUAAAAACAAUAGAGACGACACACAGGGGGAUAAGGACAAAGAGGGCACACUUCACAAGUUGGUGGAGGUUACGCCUCAGAGAAAGUCGGUGUUGCAGCUGGAGACGGCGGCAGAGCAGGAUGCAGAGAUGCAACUGAAACCAGAGGAGACGCACGAAGAACAAGAGCCAGAACAGCCCCCAGAGAAGAAGGCGUUGGAACCCACUCCUGUAUACACUCUGUGCCAUUGUAGAACCAAAGGCUCCUACUCCGUGUCAAUGUGUAAACCAGACUCCAGCUGGACCAAAUAUAAACACCAGGGUCUGGCCCGCAGGUUGAUUCAGUUCCCUCCUCCACCUUUGAAAGGUGGAAUAACCGUAACAAUGGAAGACCUGCAGUGUCUGGACAACGGGCAGUUCCUCAAUGAUGUUAUCAUUGACUUUUACCUAAAAUACCUCCUCCACAACGCCUCUACCGAGGUGGCUGAACGCAUCUUCGUUUUCAGCAGCUUCUUCUACAAACAGCUGACACGGAGGGACAACGCCAGUGAAGGUGGAGCAAGUGACUCCUGUCAGAAGCAGAGGCGGCAUCAACGAGUCAAGACAUGGACUCGUCAUGUGGACAUCUUUAAUAAGGACUUUGUCUUUGUCCCCGUCAAUCAGGAAUCUCAUUGGUACUUAGUUGUGAUCUGCUUCCCUGGGCUGGACAAACCAACACUGGAGACAUGGAAUAGUUCAGACUCACAAGAGACAGAUUGGACCACAAAUCAGAACAACGCCAAGAGUCCCAGUCACAAUCCAAAGACGUCACCAACAGUAAACAACAGUGACAUCGUGGGCUCGGAGUCAGAAAAAACUGAAGAUGAAGUCCCCAGACCCCCACAGCCUGGUCCUGUGAACUGCACUGAGAAAACAUUUCAGAAGAAGACCGUCUGUAAGAGGCCGUGCAUUCUCAUCAUGGACUCUCUUAAACUUUCUCUUCACGAGCGAGUUGUGAAACUCUUACGAGACUACUUGCAGUCAGAGUGGGAGGUACGUCGCUGCUCCACAAGGGAAUUUGGUCCAGAUCAAAUGAAAAGCUCACACUGUCAAGUUCCUCUUCAGGACAACAGCAGCGACUGUGGCCUGUAUCUACUGCAUUAUGUUGAAAGCUUUUUGAAGGACCCCGUGGUUCACUUCGACCUGCCUUUACAACUCCAACGCUGGUUCCCUCGGCAGCAAGUGCGGCGGAAACGAGACCAAAUUAGAGACUUGGUUCUUUACCUUUUCCGACAGCAGAAUCUGAAUAAAAACAGAUGAAACCAGACACUAAUGCCUUCUUCACAUUCCCUGCUCAUACGUAGCAUUAUUGGAAUAUUAAGGCAUUAGUAAAGUCGCACCCCAAUAUUAAGGACAAGGUAACUUCUAUUUAUCUGGAAAUGCAGAUGUAAGCAAGUAAGUAAGACUUUUUUUUUACUGAAUGUUAAAUGCUGCAAGUUGUUUUAUAAAAGCUAAUCUUUGUAUUUAUUUUUUACAUGGAUUCAAACAAAGUGCAAAAUAUAGUUGGUAUGACUAGAACUCUUGUUUUCUUAGCAGUCAGUUAGAAAAGGCUUUAUUAAAGUCGAUUCAACGUUUUUCCUUAGAUUUAUACAACAGAAUACAACCAGUUUAUUUCAGCAGCGUCAUCCAAUAUUUUCUAGUUCUUACACCACUGAGUUCUCACAAACUGGAAUCUGUCAACAGGAAACAGUGGUAAUGUUCUCCUGCUGCGCCUCAUUUCCUAAUGAUCUCACUCAUAAUAAAUUAACUUUUCACAUAUUUUCUACUGUUAAUCUGUGACAUUGUUUUCUGCUUUUACCAUAGGAACCUUUUAACGUCAUUACUUACACCAUAAGUCACGUGGGAGCCAUUUUUUUCUAAUUGCAAAACAUUUAUUCGGUAGGUUUUUCUAAAAGCAUUGAGGUGAUAAUCAGAUGGGGUUUAAAUUGACAUACAUUUACUGACAUUUUUAGUAAAAAUUGUCAAACAAUG